CCGAAACACGUGUGUUUGUUUUGCUCUGCUGUACUGUAUUGAAAUGUCAAAGUUUAAGCGUAAGAAUGAGGACGACAAUGCACAAGAGAGAAAGAAGGCCGAUAGAAUACCAGAUGAAGUAAUCAACUACUACAAAAGGGUAUCAGAAACACUAGACGAAGAAUUUUCUUCAAGUGAAGAUAAAGAUAUCUUCCUGAAAAAUGUUUUUGGUCAACUAAAAGAGGAUGGCAUUAAAGUGUGUCACCUGGCAAGUACUAGCCGUAUAUUUGAGAGACUGAUUGGACUAAGUGAAGCAAGUCACAUCAGAACUCUUUUACAAAUAUUUAAGUCUGACUGGUCGGACAUGUUAACUGACCGCUUUGCCAGUCAUGUGUUACAAAACACUCUAACACAAGUGCCGAGGUGUCUGCAGAAACAGCCGAGUGUUGAGGACACAGAGGAGUCGGAGGAUGACCUUUCUAUGGAGGACUUGUGCUUAGACCUGUGCAGUUACUUGAAGGACAAUUUAACAAACUGUUUGGACGUAUACAGUUCUCACAUUGUGCGGGUUAUGCUGCAAAUUUUGGCAGGUGUUGCAGUAGACGAGCAGGUUAUCAGAAGUCGACUGUCGAGGAAUCAAAGAAGAGAUAAUCAACAAAACAUGUUACCAAAGUUUGAAAAGUUUGAUCCUCCAAAUGUAUUUAAAAAGAUGCUGAAAAAAAUUACAAAGGAAAUUUUUCGGAUGGAUGACUUUAAAGAUAGCUUAUGUUCACCCACUGUCAGUCCAGUCAUACAGACACUUCUGUUGGUUCACCAUCAGAAGGGGGACGAGGAAGGUCAGAAAUACCUGUACAAAGUGCUCAAGACGUCUGAUCUCUGCUCAGAAAUGGAGGAUGAUUCCAGUCUACCACCAAUAGUGACAAGUGAGAUUGGUUCUUUCUUAGUGGAACAGCUUUUAAGCCUUGGGUCUGAAGACGUCUACAGAGAUAUCUACAAAAAAGUCUUCAAAGGAAAACUUGUUCAUUAUGCGAUGCACCACGUUGGCAAUUUCAUUCUGCAGAAACUCCUGACUAAUGUCAAAGAGAAGGAGCUUUUUGAGGAGAUGUUUGAAGAGUUGAGCAUUCUGUUAGAGGAUUUACUGGCCCUCAAUCACCUGGGUGUGGUCACUAGGAUGGCAGAAACCUGUCUCAGACUGGGAUGUCGACAGGAAAAACUAGUCAAGUCCAUUAUGGGGGCAUUUCAUUGUUUGGAUCCGGUGGAGCGACAAACAAAGUUAUCUCCCUUGCUGCUGUCUCUCUCCACCUACGAAAUCUACUUUGGUAUUGAGGAGGAUGCAGACGACACCGACAAAUCGGUGAAAACCGAGGAGAAGAAAAAGAUUGUUCCGAUUUUGAAGAAUAUUAAUUAUCAUGGAUCAGUGUUGAUGCAAAACCUGCUUCGCUUUGGAAACCCUAAAACAGUGGUCACUGGAAUACUGGAUCUCACACCAGCCGAACUGCGCACACUAGCAUGUGAUCCCUGUGGCAGCCAUGUCAUUGAUGUUUUCUGUCAGAGUCCUGCAAUGGGGGAGAAGAGCCGCGACCUGCUUUUCAAAAGAAUGAAGGGGACGUACAUGGAUGUGGCCUGUGACAAGAAUGGCAGUCGGACUCUAGACAACAUGUGGAAAUGUGCCACCCUUGGUCAGAAGCUGAUGGUCGCAGAGGAGUUGGGGCGCAAUGAGGCCAAGCUCCAAGGCGACCGGUUCGGCUUCUACGUACACAAAAACUGUGGUAUCUUUCACUACAAACACCGACUGCAAGAAUGGAAAGAGGUUCAAGGACAGAAUCAGAAGAAACGCAAACUAUUUAGUGAAAUCCUUUCUGAUGGACCAGCAGGGAAAAAGGCCAAAGGAAAGGACACAGGGUGGAAAGGGAAGCAGGACCCAGAGAUGGAGGGAAACUCUCUCCGAUUGGAUAUGGAUGAUGAGCCUUCUUUCAGUGAAGGGAAUAAGAAUUGGUCCAGACAGUCGAGAGACAAACAGCCACAUAAAUACAAAGGUGGCAGUAAGGACUAUCGUAUCAAGGAUGAGGGUAUGAGAAAUCUGCUGACCAACAUGACGGACAAGACGGAGGAGAAAACUCACAAGUACACAAAGAAAAAGAAGUCUUAUUGAUGAGUUCUUGUUAUAUUUUUAAGUAAUAAAACAUAUAUGUAUAUA